UACAAAGGUACUUACGGAUGUGUGUGAAAUUAUAAAUAUAAAUUCCAAGUCAAGUCCAUUUUUUUAUGUUAGAGCAAAGGGUCUCUCUGAUAUUCUCAGCGAUUGCCACUGCAGAAAGUAUCCAACAAGAUUUGUUAAAUGGCUGCUGCAAGAGGGUUUGUUCUGUCACGUCCUGUUACUUUUGUCACUGGCAAUGCCAAAAAGCUCGAAGAAGUUCGUUCCAUCUUGGGCCAAUCUAUUCCCUUUCAGUCCCUCAAACUUGACUUGCCAGAGAUGCAAGGAGAUCCUGAAGAUAUCUCCAAAGAGAAGGCUCGACUGGCUGCUGUUCAGGUUAAUGGACCCGUGUUGGUUGAAGACACUUGCCUCUGUUUCAAUGCCUUGAAGGGUCUUCCAGGGCCUUAUAUCAAAUGGUUUCUGCAGAAGAUUGGUCAUGAAGGUCUCAACAAUUUAUUGAUGGCAUACGAUGAUAAGUCAGCUUAUGCCUUAUGUGUAUUUUCAUUUGCACUUGGUCCAGAUAGUGAACCUGUCACAUUUUCUGGAAAAACUAUGGGGAAGAUUGUUCCUCCAAGAGGACCUAAUGAUUUUGGAUGGGACCCUGUUUUUCAACCUGAUGGCUAUGACCAAACAUAUGCAGAGAUGGCCAAAGAAGAAAAGAAUAAAAUUUCUCACCGCUCAAAAUCUCUUGCACUGGUGAAAUCUCAUUUUGCUGAAGCUGGAUAUACAUUUCAGAUCAAGGACAUUUGAGAGUUAUGCUGUAUGUUGCCAUAGUGGUAGAUUAUAUAGGCUACAGGCUCUUUAUUAGACAUUCCCUGAAAU